UAAAGCACUGGCCUCUCUUCACUCUUUCACUGUUUCUUUUAUUAUUUUCAGCGGUUUCAAUUUUCCAGUUCCCUCGUUACUCUUCCAAAAAGCGACGUUUCGCUUCUUCCACCUCGCGAUUUCGAUAUCCGUAUCAUCAAUUGUCCAAAGCUGAGAAGAAAAUAAUAAUUUUCGGUGCAUAUAGUUGCAUGGGAGUUUGUAAGUUUAAAGCUUAUAUUAAUAGAGUGAAGUUUGGAAAUUUAAGUGGAAGAGGGAGACAAUCCGGGGUUGACAAUGUGCCUGCUACAUUAAACCUUUGUACCGCUUGAAAAUAUUUUAAAUACUAUUUAGACCUGGCUCUGGAGAGUUACAUAGAUUCCAGUCACCAGGGAGGCAUGCUCCCCAUGGCACCUUCUCGGGUGGCUGGGGGGUUAACCCAAUCAUCGUCAAGAUCUGGAAUUUUCUUUCAAGGAGACGGGCAGUCACAGAAUGUAGUUAACUCUCACUUAAGCUCGCCUUUUGUUAACUCAUCUAACAUAGUUCCUGGAAAUGGGCGUUCGAACCUGGGUCUGGUUUCUAGGGAUAUGAAUAAUGCAGUUUUGAACAGUGUGGCAAACUCGGCACCAAGUGUUGGAGCCAAUUCUAUGGUCACAGAUGGAAAUUCCGCACUCUCUGGUGGCCCCCACAUGCAGAGAAGUGCAAGCUUUAACACAGACUCAUACAUGAGAUUACCUGUCUCACCCAUGUCAUUUACGUCAAAUAAUAUUAGUAUUUCUGGGUCACCAGUGAUGGAUGGUUCCUCUGUAGUACAGCAGAAUAAUUCUCAUCAAGAUCAGAUUGCUCAACAAUUGCAGCAGAAUCAGCAGCUGCAGCAGAGUGCUCCUGGUGCUACUUCUCUGCCUGCUUCUCAAACUGGCCCUUCUGCGCCACAAAUGGGAGCACAAGUAGUAGGAUCUAUGGUUCAAGAUCCAAAUACUGUAUCCCACCCACUAAAGAAACCUAGGCUUGACAUCAUCCAGGGUGAUUUAAUGCACAAUCAGGCAUUACAGCAGCUUCUUCAAAGACAAGAGACCAUACAAUUCCAAGGUCGUAAUCCUCAGUUCCAGCAGGCUCUUUUUCUGCAGCAGCAGCAAAGGGUGAGGCAACAACAAAUUCUACAGCACCACUUGCAGCAGGCACACUUGCAGCAACAACAACAACAACCAAUGCAAUUAAGGCAGCAGUUACAACAACAAAUGAUGCAGCCUGUGUCUUCCGUGAAGCGUCCAUACGACAGUGGUGUUAAUGGUGUAUGUGCCCGUCGAUUGAUGCAGUACCUUUAUCAUCAAAGGGAACGACGAAAUGACAACAGUAUUGCCUAUUGGAGAAAAUUUGUGGUUGAAUAUUACUCUCCUCGUGCAAAGCAACGGUGGUGCUUAUCAUUAUAUAAUAACGUUGCGAACCACGCAUUGGGUGUUUUCCCCCAAGUGUCUAUGGAUGCAUGGCAGUGCGACAUAUGUGGUUCUAAAUCUGGAAAGGGAUUUGAGGCAACUUUUGAUGUACUACCUAGACUUAAUGAAAUCAAAUUUGGCAGUGGAGUGAUUGAUGAACUUCUGUUUUUGGACUUGCCACAUGAGUCAAAACUUCCUUCCGGUGCAAUGGUGUUAGAAUAUCAAAAGGCAGUUCAAGAGUGUGUGUAUGAGCAGCUUCGUGUUGUUCGUGAGGGUAAACUUCGUAUCAUAUUCACUCAAGACCUGAAGAUAUUUUCUUGGGAGUUCUGUGCAAGGCGUCAUGAAGAACUUCUUCCUCGAAAGUUUGUUGCACCACAGGUCAACCAAUUAGUUCAAGUGGCUCAAAAAUGCCAAAGUACAAUUGCUCAAAGUGGGUCAGAUGGGGUUUCUCAGGAAGACUUGAAAACAAACAGCAACAUGGUACUGACAGCUGGGCGUCAGCUUGCAAAGAGUUUGGAGCUACCAUCUUUAAAUGACUUAGGCUUUUCAAAAAGAUAUGUGAGAUGUUUGCAGAUUGCUGAGGUUUGCAGUAGCAUGAAAGAUCUAAUAGAUAUCUGUUAUGAGCACAAAAUUGGACCAAUUGAGAGCUUGAAAAAUUUUCCUCGACUUGCAACCUCAGCAAAGCUCCAGACGCUGAAGACACCAGAGUUGGAACAACUAGCAAACGUUCAAGGUCUGCCAACUGAUCGUAACACACUUAAUAAGUUGAUGGCAUCAAAUCCUGGAUUGAGUGACCAUAUAAACAAUAAUCAUAACACGGUUAAUCGUUGUGGUUUGGGUGGGUCAGCAGUACAGGCUGCUAUGGCACUGAACUACCAGAAUCAUAUAAUGAGGCAAAACUCGAUGAACUCAAGCCCUGGCUCACUUCAGCAAGAAGGACCCUCUUUCAAUAACUCAAACCAGAGUCCCUCCUCAGCUUUGCAAGGUGCUGGUUCAAUGCAGAAUUCACCUAUUAGUGGUUUACCAAGUCCACAGAUACACCACCAACCGCAUCAGCAUCAGCAGCAGCAACACCUUUCACAACGCUCAUUAAAUGCAAAUAGUUCACAUCAACAAAACCAGUCACCGAGAUCCCAAGGAAAUCAUGCUGAGCAGGUGCACCAACUAAUGCAGAUGUCAAAUAACAAUGGGGGUGCGCAACCACCGUCUCGUGGUGGACCCAUUGCAAAUGGGAACAUGGUCAAGAACGGGCCGGGUUUUGUGGGCCAAACUCCACCCAUACCUGGAGGAGGUUCUGGCAAUGUUCAUGGGAAUAAUGGAGCUGUUUCUAGGAGUCAUAGCUUCAAAGCAGCUUCAAGCAGUGAUUCUUAUGCAGCUGGAGGCAACAAUGGGUUCAACCAGAGAACAUCUGAUAUUAUACAACAUCGCCAUCAACAGCAAGAGCAAGAUGUGGUACAGAACAUUACCCAUGAGUUCACGGAUGACUUCUUUAACAGUGAUCUAGAUGAUAACAUGGCUUUUGUCUGAAAGGAAUAACUAACAACUUGGCAUUUAUUGUCCAAUUGUUAUCUUACUAUCUUUGUACAGGAUUCGUAAAAUAGUUAUUGCCCUUUUUUUCUUUUACUUUUUUCAUGCUCAUUUUCUUGAUGAAAUUUGUUAUAACUCGUACCCACGUAGGGGUGUUUAGAGCUUUGAUGGGUUUUUGUCUCGGCUGCAAAUGUAAUUUAUGACAAUUGAAAAAACAGUUGUUAGCUUAUACGACACAUUCUUGCCUCCA